AUGGAUGAAUCAACCGAUAUAGUUAGACUGCCAGUAAAUUCAGAACAACACAGGUUUAAUUCAUGGGAAGUAAAAUAUACCAAAAGUCACAUAUUAAGUUCGCAGUGUACGCAAAAUGGAACUUGUAAACCUGGAACGACCGGCAAUGAUGAGCUUUGCUUGUUUUGUAUGUACACUCACAAGUUAGAUUUACCUCAUCUUCCGGACAUGGUUUUUCCUUGUAAUAAAUUACAAUUGACUCACGAUUCAGGAUGUAAAAUUGAAUUUAACGCAUUGGAUUCAUUAUCAAGAGUUAGUAAUGGUAAAAUGGUUGUCAAAAUAGCUUCCUCUGCAUCUUGGAAAGAAUCAAGGUCGGAAACGGGACACACUGAAUCAGUUAUAAAACCUUUCGACUGGACAUUCAGUACAGAUUAUCAGGGUACGCUUUUAGGCGAUUGGAAAAUAGAGCCGACAAAUGUAAAAAUCGAUUUAAAUAAAUUAAUGCAAAAGGAAAAAAUAUUAUUUUACAAUGACUUAACAUUAUUUGAAGAUGAACUUCAUGAUAAUGGAACUGCACUACUAUCAGUUAAAAUUAGAGUUAUGCCAACUUGUUUUUUUAUACUAUUAAGAUUCUUUUUAAGGGUAGAUAAUGUACUUAUUAAAAUAAAUGAUACAAGAUUAUAUCAUGAAUUUGAAAACAAUUACAUAAUUAGAGAAUACACUGCAAGGGAAGCCAAAAUAGAUGAACUUAAGGUUCCAUCUACUUUACUAUUGGAUCCAAAUGAAAUUUGUAGGCAUUUACCUCUUAUUAAAGAAUCAAAUCAUAAACUUUUGAUUCCUGAUUGUGAAAUGAAACCAUCAGUAGAAGAAUAA